ACCGCGGGGAGUGACGUUGUUUGAAAAAAAUAUUUCAACGGCGACAAGCCUGGGCUGCGGGCGUUUAGAGCGCGGGUCGCUGUUAACAGUUGGCUGCGGAAAUUUCGCCUCUGUAGGCUUGGAUCCGCAAAGCAGCAAUGGCGGGGAACCCAAGGGACCGAGCAAUGCCGAAGAUGGUAAGCCUCAUGAGGCUGGAAGAAGAAUCGCAGAAUCUAUGGAGACAACUUCUUGAUAAUGUUGACAAGACAGACUUUUUGUGGAUGGAGGAGAUUCUUGAAGAGGCGCAAAAGAUGUUCAGCAGCAGCUUCAAUGGCAAACAGUUGCUGAUGCCCAAAACUCCAUCACAGAAAAAUCGCCAGAAAAAGAGUCGUAUUUCAUCUGCUAAGCACGACCAGUUUGUCAAAAAGAGAUUAUCAAAAAGAAAUGGUAACCAGGCAAGUCUGCAACAUGAAAGAGAUCUGACUAUUUUUGCAGAGAAUAUAUCACCUUGUUGCCGUGUGACUAGGUCUCGUGCUGCCAGGUCAGCCAGGACCUCAGAAAAUUCUGUUCAGAAAGCUACUGUUCCUUUAGCUAAAGGGAGAAUAGCACUAGUGGAAAUUAGUGCUAAUGAGAGGCACAGUGCUGAAUUGCACUUUAAAAAAACACCACCCCCGGAAAAGAAGGUUUCACUGAGCAUCCCAUUGUCAUCUCAAGAGACCUCUACAAACAGAGAGCAACCUCUGUCCAGAGUUUCUUUGAUUGUGAUCCCAGAUACCCCUGAAGCACAAAUAAAAAAAGAGGGGCGAGGAGCUUCCAAGCUGAAAAUUGCUAAUGGGUCAAUUGCCAAAACCACUAAAAGUAAAGAACCCAUCACAGAUGAGAAGACUGCAUGUGCUCAACAACAAGAGAAUUGUCAACCUUCUGAUAUGGAAGUCAAGUUGAACCUCAGUGAAGAUCCAUGGACACCCCGAGUACCAAAAGAAAAACGUCAGUCAGUGCGGCGAAGCCUAAUGGGUAGGCCAUCCCUAAAAUGCAGCACCUCUUUGGUUGCACGGUGCUCACUAAGUGCCAAAAGGAAAAGAGCUGUCCAGAAAUCUAUGUUGAAGCGUAAAGCAUCCCAGCAGUCAUCCAGUGCUUCUGGGCACCCAAGCUCCCCAGCAGCUGUGCAUUCAGAAGAUGAGGAAACAGCAACCGAAUCUACGUCAGAGCUAGAUCCCUCUUCUGAUUCUCAAGGGCAUGCUAUUGAAACCAUGAGGACAACACCAAAUUCACAGAAGGCCAGCAUGACUGCAAAUCUCCAGGCUCAAGAAGAUCCGCAAAAAGGAGAACACAAGGUGGGCAGCCCUGAAAAGAGUGAAGAAAUUCGAAAACCAUCCCAGAACGUUGGGAGACAAGCAAGUUAUAAAAGAGCGCUUGGUGAUCUAGAGGAUGAACAAGAGAAGCUCUCUCCACCAAGAAAAAAGGUUCCGUCUCCUUACCUUGCCAGCAAGGUUGUCCGGCCAUUCAAGACAUUCUUGCACACAGUGCAGAAGAACCAAAUGCUUAUGGGAACCCCAAGCUCUGUGAGCCGAAGCUGUACAGUAAAAUCAUUCCUCAAGCAAAACACUCCUUUAAGGACCACUCCCCAGGGAGGGUUUGUUGAAAAGGAAAAGCAACGGUUGGAAAACCUUCGGAAAAAGGAAGAAGCUGAAAAAUAUCGAAAACAGAAACUGGAAGAACAGAAGAGGAAGCAACAAGAAGAGAUGAGGCGGAAACGUGAAGAACGCCUUCGCAAGGUGCAACAGGCUCGAGAGCGGGCAGAACAGAUGGAGGAGGAGAAGAAAAAGAGGCUUGAGCAAAAGCUGGCUCAACAUGAGGAGAAAAAUGAGAAGGUACGAGAGGAAAAAUUAGCAGAAGACAAAGUUAAGAAGAAAGUGGCUGCUAAGAAGCUGGAGGAAAUUGAAGCCCGGCGCAAACAAGAUGAAGAAGCCCGCAAACAGAAAGCUCUGCAGCUGGAGGAGGAGGAACGUAGGCACAGGGAGUUAAUGCAGAAGAGGAAAGAGGAGGAGGAGCAGGAGAAAGCACGAAAGGCUGCAGAGCAGCGCCAGGCAGAACUAGAGAGGGAGAAAAAUCUGGCUGCUGAGAGAGAACUGCAGAAGAAGAAGGAGCAGGAAAAGCUGCGGGCACAACGGGAAUAUGAACGACAAGAGAAAGAGAAGGUGACACGCUUGCAGAAAGAGGUUAUAGCAGCAGCGAAAGAGAAGGAGCGUCUUAGAAAAGAGGAAGAGGAGAAUGAAAGGAAAAGGAAAGAACAAUUGAAGCAAGAAGAGGAACAAAAGGCAGCAGAGGCCAAGACGGCUAGCAAACAACUGAAUGUGACGGUAGAUAUUCAGAACUCACCUUGUAAUUCAUAUGAGAUGACACCACAGAGCCACAAGCACCCCAAGGUUAACAUUGACGAUUAUGGGAUGGAUUUGAAUAGUGAUGACUCAACAGAUGAUGAAAGCCGGCCACGCAAGCCAAUCCCUGCAUGGGCUUCUGGAAAUCAACUGACCCAAGCUGUCAUGCACCAAUAUUACAAUCCAUCUAAUGUCAGGAGGUUAUUUGGUGUUGUGAAAAGUCCAAACCUGGAAGAAAUCUUCUAUAAGAGCAAACCACGCUAUUUUAAACGCACCAGUUCUGCAGUUUGGAACUCUCCACCAUUCCCAGGCGGCAAAUCUGUAUCAUCUAAUUUCAAGAGAUGGUGAUAUAUUUCAGAGCUGUUUGAUAUUUUAAACAUGUACAACUGGUUUCACCUUAUAAUGUUAAUAAAAUUUUUUCUAUUUGAAACUC